AUGUCCAAGACCUUCUCCAAGGACGACGUCGCGUCGCAUAGCAAGCCCGAUAACCUCUGGGUCAUCAUCGACGAGGAUGUCUAUGAUCUGACCAAGUUCCAGGAUGAGCACCCUGGUGGAAAGAAGAUCCUCAACCGUGUCGCUGGAAAGGACGCCUCGAAGCAGUUCUGGAAGUACCACAAUGAGGGGAUCCUGAAGAAGUACAAGGGCAAGCUGCAGAUCGGUUCUCUCGACACCAAGCAGGCCGCUGAGCCCGCCGCUGCCCCGGCCAAGUCCGAGGCCCCGCAGCCUCAGGCUGCCGCCCCCGUCGACGUCAAGGCCGCCAAGUCCGACGAGGCUCUCGAGCCGUUUGGUGAUCUCAUUCCCUUUGCCGAUCCCGCCUGGUACCAGGGUUACCACUCCCCCUACUUCAACCAGACCCACGCCGCCCUCCGCGCCGAGGUCCGCCAAUGGGUUGAGACCGAGAUCGAGCCGUACGUCACCGAGUGGGACGAGAGCAAGACGGUGCCCGCCCACAUCUACAAGCAGAUGGGAGAGCGCGGUUACCUCGCCGGUCUCCUGGGCGGCAAGUUCCCCGUCGACCACACCCCCCACCGCGUGCAGUCCGUGGCCCCCGAGAACUGGGAUCUCUUCCACGAGAUGCUCCUGACCGACGAGCUGUCCCGCGCCGGCAGCGGCGGUCUCGUGUGGAACCUGGUCGGCGGCUACGGCAUCGGCUGCCCGCCGCUGGUCAAGUUCGGCAAGAAGCCCCUCGUCGACCGCAUCCUGCCCGGCAUCCUGGCCGGCGAGAAGCGCAUCUGUCUGGCCAUCACCGAGCCCGAUGGAGGCUCUGACGUCGCCAGCCUCAACUGCGAGGCUAAGCUGUCCGAGGACGGCAAGCACUACAUCGUCAACGGCGAGAAGAAGUGGAUCACCAACGGUAUCUGGGCCGACUACUUCACCGUCGCUGUCCGUACCGGCAAGCCCGGCAUGAACGGUAUCAGCGUGCUGCUCAUCGAGCGCGAGGCCGGCGGCGUCAGCACCCGCAAGAUGGACUGCCAGGGUGUGUGGAGCAGCGGUACCACCUACGUGACUUUCGAGGACGUCAAGGUGCCUGUUGAGAACCUGAUCGGCAAGGAGAACCAGGGCUUCAAGGUGAUCAUGACCAACUUCAACCACGAACGCAUCGGCAUCAUCAUCCAGUGCGUCCGCUUCUCCCGCGUCUGCUAUGAAGAGUCCAUGAAAUACGGCCACAAGCGCCGCACCUUCGGCAAGAAGCUGGUCGACCACCCCGUCAUCCGGAUGAAGCUCGCCGAAAUGGCGCGCCAGAUCGAAGCCACCUACAACUGGCUCGAGAACAUCAUCUACCAGUGCCAGUCCAUGGACGAGACAGAGGCGAUGCUCAAGCUGGGCGGCGCCAUCGCCGGCCUCAAGGCCCAGAGCACCCGCACUUUCGAGUUCUGCGCCCGCGAGGCGUCCCAGAUCUUUGGCGGCCUCAGCUACAGCCGUGGUGGGCAGGGCGGCAAGAUCGAGCGUCUUUACCGGGAUGUGCGUGCCUAUGCUAUUCCCGGUGGGAGUGAGGAGAUUAUGUUGGAUCUGAGCAUGCGUCAGAGCUUGCGGGUGCACCAGAUGUUUGGUAUGAAGUUGUAG